UGAGUUGGAAGCCAGGAAAAUCCUGCGCGGCGACCUGUGGGCAGGAAGCUACGGAAGGUUCUGUCAGUUCGUUCGAAGUCUGUCAGAGUACCGCUGAAAUUCUUUGGUAAAUUUGCUUGUGAAUGUGGAAGGAUUAGAAAUGGUCUGCGCUAAAAGAAUAACGGAUGAUGCCUGUGUGAUUCAGGACUCUAAAAAUGACCUUUCUUGAGAGUGCCAGGCCAUGUUGCCUCUCUGCCUUCAGUAAGGAACAUUUCUGAAGGAUGUGCUGAGACGUUUGAAGAAGACGGAAGACACAGGUUGACAAUGGUGCUAGCUUCAUAUUCUUGAACAUUCGAGAAACAGUAGAUAAAAAAAAGGAGUAUUUCCAAAAGUAAGAAACUUAAUUUUUUUUUUUUUUUGUUAGUUUUCCAAGGCCACAAGAACUCUGAAAAACGUGCCUUACUGAAUACCCUCUCUUCCACACACUUUUUUCACUCUCUGUAAGCAAACACCACAAGAACCGAAAUCCUUCUUUUGUGGUCGGGUGAGCGAGGUGUGGACACGUGACCUCGGGUGAACAGCCGCGGUGACACGACUGAGUGGACAGCAAGGUCAGAGGCCAAGACACGGGGGCGAGCAACGCCCUCCCAGUGUCGGAUGUCGGCCAUCGGUCUCCCUAAACUGUUUGAACUGUCGGGCAAAGAUUCACAACACUGGGAGCAACAGCCGCCAGUAGGGAGGCAACGCCAACUACAUGGCAGAGGACGCGUGGCGGGCGGUCACCUUCGUUCAGGAAUCCUACCUGCCAACGGGUGCGAUGAGCGGUUGACGCAGGUAAGACGGUCUGUAGGAUGGACUGACCAAGGCGAUACCCCACUGGCCGCCACUUAGCUCCUCACCCUGGCGGAUCGCAAGUGCCAGGCCGACUCUAAAGAGAUACCCGACACCGACCUGUCGCUCGUUCAUCCUCCAAAAGACAAUCGCCCCGAAACAAGUGACUGCACUUCACACCGGUAACGCUUCGGCAAGGGUCACGGGUUCACGAGAAGGCUUUCAGUUCGAAUUUCGGAAUACACCCACCCCAAACCCACCCGCCGACUCAACCACCCUCAACACAGUGCGACUGAGGUUGAUUGAGGAUAGAAGAGCCGAUGGAAACAAAGUUGAAGAAAGUGUUCAAAAAGUGUGUAACGGAGCAAGGUGGACCACUUGACAAAAGCGGAAUGGAGAGCGACCUGAAAAUUGAAUCUAGUCCGACCGGAAGUGGUCACCGGUUUACUUUUUCUCGCACCAACAGUCCUGGCUCCACCCCAGCUGGUACAUCAUCCGCAUCCUCUGCCCCCAAUACAGAUGAAGAUGAAGAUAGUGACUCGAGCAAGACGACUAUGAGCUACAAAGAUCGUCGUAGAACUGCUCACACUGUUGCUGAGCAGAAGCGAAGAGAUGCAAUUAAGAAAGGCUAUGAUGAACUCCUAGCCAUUGUUCCUACAUGCCAUCAGCAGGAUGCUCUUGGUUCCCAGAAGAUGAGCAAAGCAACAGUACUCCAACGAUCCAUUGACUACAUGCAGUUCCUGACAAACCAAAAGAAGAAGCAAGAGGAAGAUCUGGACUCUCUUCGCAAAGAAGUCAUGGCUCUCAAGAUCAUGAAAGCUAACUAUGAACAUAUUGUCAAGACUCAUCAGAACACACCUGUACAUGGACAGAACCAAGUGUCUGACGAGGUUAAGUUUCAGGUGUUUCAGCAGAUUAUGGAUACACUGUUCCAAUCAUUCAACUCCUCUAUCUCUGUGGCCAACUUCGCAGAACUUUCAGCUUGUGUCUUCAGCUGGCUAGAGGAGUACUGCAAACCACAGACUCUGCGGGAAGUGGUUCUUGGAAUCCUACGACAGCUUAACACCCAGCUCAGUCCAGGACACCAGUGAACACUGAUCCCACAUAUAGCAGGUGCCAUCAGAGACAUUGGACAUUAUGCAUGUGCUUGUCACAAACGUUACUAAGAAAUAGUCUGGUCACACUUCUUGAAAACUGCUUGAAAGGAGCGUACAACUACUGGAGAUGAAACUUCCAGAGCUACAGCAACUCCUAUGCUUUAUUUUUCUUCUGUAAUAGGUAGUUUGAGAAAACAAAAGCAUAUCUUGAGGAUACCUCUCAAGGAUGUUGACUUGGGGACAUUUAAAUCUGUUUUGGGUAGAAGUGUUAAAUAGAAAAUUGUUUUUUUUUUUUUUUAAAGUCUUCUUAUCAUGAUGCAACUUUCUUAGUUAACAAUUCCUAAAAAAAAAUUGGUAUUAUCUAAAACUUACCGUAGCUAUAAGGGCAGGCUUUAAAAUCUUAAUAUUUGGCCAAAUCCACAGUUUUCUGUAAGGAAUGGUCUGAAUCAUCCAAGGCCAGUGAAGUUUUUAUUGUGAGAUAGUUUUGUGGGAAUUGAGACAGAAUAUGUUUGCUGUCUUCUUACGGUGGAGGUUGGUUCAAGCAUGGGAUAGUUAUAAGUAAUCUUAAAUGCAACAACCCCAUUCAAGUCUCAUCACAACCAGUCAUAAAGUGAUUUUUAUUUAUUUUUUUGUCUUUUUGUGUACAAGCUUGUGCAGAACUGUAUUUCUUGUUGAAAUGUCUCACCGUGACAGUGUAUCUGUAAUAUCAAACUGUCUGGCAAUUACUGUUUGUGGUCCUUUGUUUUGAUUUGGAUGGAUUUGUCAGUUUCAUCACAAGGGUUCACAGCAGUUCAAACUGUCUCUUUUUAAACAUGAAAAAAAUUCUUUGUCCUAUGUUAUAUUGGUUAAAUUUAAUAGAUUUAGUUACAUUAUCAACACAACUUUGUGUUGUUUUUUUAAUUAAGCAGUUUUAGCUUUCUCCAGUUUUGCCUUUUGACAUUAUUCUUCAUUUUAACCAGUGAAUGUUAUCAUUCUUACAACUCAACUGUUCAAGAAAUAUUUUUAUGUUGUUUUUGCUGCAUUUUUUCUCUUUAAGUUGAAGUUCUUAUUUGUUCUACACAUGUUGGGCUGACAAAAAACAUCACUUAAUCAGGCAAAAAUAACUUUAUUCAGACUAGUACCAGCAGGCUUUCUAAAACUCCUGGGAAGGUAACAGUAGUUUUUAUAUUGUCCUGAAGAAAAAAAUGCUGUUCACUGAGAAUUAAAACCUUUGUAUGUACCACAGCCGGAAGAUCCCUGUAUGUCUAGUCUGUGAGAGACAACAGGUACAGUUGAAAGGCUGACACAUGUUCAAGGCAGAUUGUAGAGUCUGGACAUAUUGCUAGUCGAAUCGCAUUAUACAAUCUAUGGAAUAAUCAAAUUAAAUAAGAUUAAACAUGUAAGAGGGUCUGGAUGACAGAUACACAAGGCUUACAGUUGAAUAGAUGAUUUAAAAGGUGCAGCUGUGCCCUGCUGCAUACAAAUUGCUGUAUUAGUUGUCAUAAACUAGUAAAAGCAAAUGCUAGAACAGUCUGGGGAAAGAGGUCCCUAGGAGGAACAAUUGUGAAAUAGGAGAAAAAAAAACCCUACUAAAAACACUAUAGAAAAAUUGUUUUGCCAAAAUAAUGAGAGUAUGGAAUGCAAAUCAAAAUUUCAAUAGAUCUGAGGUAAAGAUAAGAUGAAGGCAGAAGAUUACAGAAACAUGAAAACAGUACUAGCUGCAAACAUUAAACUAGAAACACAAGCAUUUCAUUAUAUCAGAUGCACUCUUAUUUUCAAGAUGUGUUGAGUAAACUUGAGCCCUUUCAUUUUUUUUCAAAUUUACUUUUUGUUGAGUAAUUUAUUUACUUUUUGUUCUUUUUGAUUGUGUGGGAACCCUCUUAUAUUGGGAGAUCGACCUUGUGCAAAGCCAGCCUUGUGGCUAAUGAUCAUGUGAGAAUAAGCUUAUGUUAAACAAGAGGUUUACUGGGACAGCUCAUUUAUUACACUGUUACAGAUUUAUGUGUGACAACCAUAUUUAUUCAUUGGCCAGUAGAGGGAAAGGUAAUGAACAUCCCAUGACAAUUACAGUCAUUGAAAAGUGAGGUGUUGUAGACCUUAUUUAUGUUUUUUGAGGACUGUAGCAUCUCUUUUCCAAUUGACUUACCUUCUCCAGUUCUCUAGGAGCAAGGAACACAUUCAACAGCUAAGUCAGCUGGAGGAGGUAUGCUGCAUCACAAGGGUAUCAACCUGGCUAAUGUGUGCUAGUGCAUCUUCGGUUUGGAUGCCCUUGCACUAAUCAUAAGGUUAUCUUCUCAAUAUAUUGGCCAUUCAAGACAAGGCAUUAUACCCUCCUUCCCCUCUCUUGCAACAUAAAAUUUCAUUUGCUGAAGUAACACGAUAGAAAUUGGCACUUUUUUUCUGUGAAUUGCCUGAGUUUAAAGUCAGUUUUCACAAAAACUGCCACGAUUUGCUUUUAGUCUGAUUGUUGGAUCAUAUUUCAGGCCUCAGAAUGAACAGCAUGCCAAAUAUCAUUAGCAUUUGAAAAAGAAAAUCAGACUUGCUGUCAUUUGUAACAGGGUGGUGGAGAUAAUCAGAACCAUUAAGUUCCCCAUAAUUUUGGGCUUAUAUCCAAGAACAAUAACCAGCAAUAGAUUAUUGCUUGCACCCUUCACAUAGAUUGUAUUUCUUGUUGCACUUCACUGUGUACAUGUAAUGUGUGUACCUCAUUUCUUUUUCAAACUCAUGAUUUGCUUUUAAUUGGUUGGCCUCAUAAAAUCACAAGCAUGUAUAUACUUGUAAUUUGUUACUAUACUUGUAAUUUGUCAUAAUAUUUGUGAUUUCAAAGUGCCUAUUUGGUCUCCAUCUUGUUUUAUGGUGUGGGACGCUGGUUGAUGAGAAAAUUAAGAAAUUCACUUCAAAUUUAACGGUAUUUUUCGUAACAGAAAUCACUGCUGAUUUCAGCAUCAAGAUGUCUGAAAGAAACCAGUCAAUUUUCAUUUUUCUUUGACCACCAGCUGUUGUUCUGCCUUUUUACACUCUUUUCUCUCAUGCAUUUAGGGAAAAAACAAAUGUAAGUUAAAACAGGCUAAAACUAUCCCAAUCUCUUAUAGUGGCAUUUAAUGUUUUACCCACACAGGACCAUGGGACGAUUAACAACCCAAUGUCAAAAAAUGCUGGGAGAGCAAUUUGCCUUAUUCUGCUUGUUUCAUCCUAUAGCCAGGGAAAUGUAGCAUUUAUUGUACAUUUUAUUACAUGCCUGAGGGAGCGAUAGUUGUAUAAGGCACUUUUUCUAUGCACAUUCUUUUUAAGUGAUUUUUAUUUUUGGCUUUUUCUUAAAAAUCCAUCAGUAUAGUUACAUGAUUAAACACUAGGAUUUAGAGUGAUCAGAACCUUAUAACCUUUCCUAACAGGUAAAGGUAAACAAGAUGUGGAGUCAGCUUUUAGGUAUUUUAGUAGGUUUCACGCGGAGCACAUUUCACAUUAAUUUCCUGUAUCAACCUCUGAAACAACUGAGGUUCAGAUCAUGGAUUCUAACAGCAGUGGUUAUGGGAUGUGAAAGUUGCAUAUAACAUUUAACUGACUGAUCAGCUUGUAUAUUACAUGAUAUUCAAUUCUCAGGUGUAUGUGUAUAUAUGUAUCAUUUGACUGUAAGUAUAUGUGUCUUCCCAAAUUGGGGAGAGACCUUUUUAUAGGGAGAGGGGCUUUGCUCAAUAGAUGAUAGAUUCUUCUGUCUUUAUGUAUUGUAAAGAUAAAGCAUUAACAAUGUAAUAAAUAUUUCAGAAUACUGUU